UGCUAUUCUCCGAGACGUCCUGGCACCACUUUCUGCAGAUAUCUCUGGGGCUGGGCUCCACACACAUCGAAAGGGAUGGCGAGAGAAAAAGCAUGAGCACCGAGAGGACCUUUGGUGAGAUGAAUGACAUGGAGGAGCAGAUGUCUCUGUGCAGGGAGCUCUGUGAGGAUCUGGCUCAGGACCUUCUGAAGGAGGGCCUGAAGGGCAAGACGGUGACCCUGAAGUUGAAAAAUGUGAGCUUCGAGGUGAAGACGCGGGCGUCCACGCUGCAGUGCAUCACCUCCACCGCCGACGAGAUCUUCGCCGCCGCCAAGGAGCUGCUCAGGGUGGAGAUUGACGGGGCCAAACCAGAGCCGCUCAGGCUAAGACUCAUGGGCGUGCGUGUUUCUGGGUUUGUCAGCUCCGAAUGCAAGCAGGCCCAGCAGAGGAGCAUCAUGGGAUUCCUACAGUCAGGAGGAGGAAGUGACCUCAGCAAAGCAGGCGAGCCGAAACCCAGAGCCGAACCUGUUUCUGCCCCCACCAAGGCUCCCCCUGUACCGCCAGAGGCACCUGGGCCCCUGAGCUGGGGCAGAGGCGGGGAGGCAGGGGCCGGCGGGCCCCCCCAACAGUCCUUCUUCCAGAGGGCCCAAGCCCAGAGGGUGCGUGUGCAGGCAGAGCACGGGAGGGCAGCCGGGGAGGUGGCCAAGGGAUCCAACAGUGGGUCUGGGUCCUACCCCACAACAGAUGAUGAUCCAGUGUCUACUGCACUUUUUGGUCACUCCAGUAUGGAUGCUGCCACGUCCAGUCACGUAGAGGCAGACAAGGAACCAGCCACCACAGCUUCGUCAGCUUUGUCCACUGCAUCCACGUCUGCAGCGGUAGCAUCAGCCAGGAUCGCCGCCGGCCGUUCCUCCCCGGUCACCGUCAUCACCGUCUCGGACUCUCCACCCUGUACCUCGGCAUCGGCGUCUGCCUCCACCCGCCACGCACCACAGAGCCUCACCUGCCCCGUGUGCUUCCAGGACAUGCACACCACUGACCUGGAGGCCUUCAACCGGCACAUAGACGCGUGCCUUAGCACAGGCGAAUCGCAGAGUAUCCUGAUCCGUGAGGAAGACGUGCUGGAUGAAGAGAGCCAAGACUGCCUGCGAUAUCCCGCAGACACCACGCGUCCAUCCACACCAGAUGCUGUCAGCGGGAAGGCUGUUUUGCACAUUAACAAGGAGGGGAAUCCCGUAUCCAGCUUCGCGGACAAGUCAAGCUCCUUUGGCAUCCCCAGCCUUGUCCCGGUCCCUGUGGACGAGCCCUCGGCCUGCGGCGACACGACGCCUGCUCUGACGUGCCCUGUAUGCUGCCAGCCGCAGAGCUCCCGCGACCUGGCUGUCUUCAACCGCCACGUGGACGAGUGUCUGACCCACGAGACGCUGCAGGAGCUGCAAGGAGGAGCCUCAGCCGCCACCACUACCUCCUCUCCUCAGCUGCCUGCCCCUUCAAUCAGCCAGCCCAGAGGGAGAGGCCAGACCACACAGAGAACGGCAAACCACAGGGGAAAGGGCAAGAGAUCGGGAUCUCCUCCGCUGCCCCCAUCUAAGAAAAGCAAAGCGGCUGCCCCUAGAAAUACCAUUGAGCGCUUCUUCAGAUGAUGAGGCUCUGACAAGUGCAAUAUUGACUUUUCUUCUGAUGAAUGUCUAACUGAAGCAGCUUCUAUUGAAGUCAAUUUCUCAGCUGUUACAGCAAUAUGCAGUCUAGUCUUAGACCCAUAGCUAACACAUUAUGCGUGUGUGUGUAUGUUUGAGAGAGAGGGAGAGAGAGAGAGAGAGAGAGAGAGAAUAAAUAUGACCAAGAAUAUAAAGGUUAGACAGCCUUUAAAGUUUUCUGUGUAUAUUCUCUGACGCCAGCUUUCUGUCCUUAAGUGACUUCUGCUAAGUUUGUUUACCUUGGAGGUGGCCUUGUUCUUCAGCACGGACUGAGAUGAUGUCAGAGAGCUUGUGCAAUAGCUAGACUAUUCUCUCUGCUCGUUUUAAUCCUUGUCCCGGUAAAUUAUGAAGGAGGUUAAUUUAUUGAUGCACGUCUUAGGGAAGUUGUAUCCGAGUACGUAUAAAACAAUGCUGAAUUCAACAAAUGCAUAUCAUAUGUAUUAAAUUAUUUAUUGCGUAUUUUGAAAAAAUAAAAAAUUUAUCACAAUUGAAGUUUGUGUGCAUUUACUUUUUCUGUCCCU